CCCUCCAAAGCCAGGAGCCCUAUAUAUACUCACACGUUUUACUUCACGGUUCAGCACUUUGUUUCCAAUUUCCAAAUCCCAAAUCCCAAAUUCCAAAUUGUAUCCCGGAAAGGCGGUUUCAGACUUUCAGGAUGGGUAAGAAGAAGAGCAAGAGCAGCGGCGGAGGAGGACAGGAGAACGGAGGCAGCGGCGGAGGAGAACAGGAGAACGGCGGCGGCGACGGCAGCAUCACCGUGGUUCUCAAGGCCGAUUUGCAUUGCGAAGGUUGUGUUUCCAAAAUCUUCAAAACUAUUCGGAGUUACGAUGGUGUUCAGAGCGUGAAUAUCGACGGCGACUCGGAUAAGGUGACGGUGAUCGGGAAAGUGGAUCCGGUGAAGCUCCGGGAGAGAGUGGAGGCCAAAACGCACAAAAAAAUAGUGCUGGUCUCUCCACAGGCAAAAGGCGGAGACGGAGGUGAAAAGCAGAAGAAAAACGGAAAAGAUGAAGAAAAGAAGGACAAAGAGAAAGAGUCGGCGCUCACUACGGUGGUGCUGAAGAUGAACCUACACUGUGAAGGAUGUAUCCAGAAGAUUCAGAAGACAGUGAGCAGAACCAAAGGCUACCUGGAGAUGAAAGUGGAUACACAAAAGGAUCUAGUGACGGUGACGGGGAAAAUGAAUGUGAAGGCGAUGGUGGAGGAUUUGAAGAAGCAUCUGAAGAAGAAUGUGGAGAUCGUGCCUCCUAAGAAGGAGAAAGGCGGCGAGAAGAAAGAGAAUGCCGGCGGCGAGAAGGACGGAGGAGGGAAGGUGGUGGUGGUGGAAGGGAACAGACUGCAGGUGCAGAUGGGGUAUCCGUAUCAUCAGGAUCCGUACCCGUAUGAGUGUCAGACGGGUUAUCAGCCCUUCUACAAUUACUCUCAUGCCCCUCAAAUGUUCAGCGAUGAGAAUCCGAAUGCAUGCAGUAUUAUGUGAACUUAGAAAAAUGAAAAAUCCUCCCAACUCCCAAGGUCCAGGAUGUGGCGUCCAAAUAUGUAAAUAACCACGUUUAGCCCGUAUAUGCAGUGGUGCGGUUCGGGUUUAGAUGGGUCAAAAGUGAGAAGCCCAACAACAUCUAGUUGGGUAGUUAGAGCUCAUUGGAAUAUUGGAUAGGCUUUCUAUUGCUCUGUUACAACUUACAACACGUUCAUCAAGAAAAUUUAGACAUUGCAUAUUCAGAUAAUUUUUUUAAAAAUAGAGUACCAUGACAUGGGAAAAAUGACAAGUAAAGCAUACUGUUUCAGAAGAAAAUGGAUUUACAAAUCUUCCUUGAA